GGGAGAGAGGCACAGCAGCCACUCACAUGAACUGACAUGCGGGUUGGUGUGUGAUACAGAAGACCUUGACUGAGGCAUGGCUAUGUCCGCAGGCGGGCUGAAUGUGCUGCGGGGCUGGCUGUGGCUGCAGACCCUGGGGCUGCUGCUGGCUCAGCUCGUCAUCAGCAACGUCUGCAGGUCUCUGACCACCAUGACGGACGGCUUCCACACACUCUACCUCUUCAUGCACAUGUCCGUCUUCCUCCACGCCCGGCACCGAGCGGGCGACUGCACCACGGAGUCCGCUCCUACAUCCCCUCCUACUUCCCCCCCUACAUCUCCUCCUACCUCACCUCCUACAUCACCUCCUACAUCACCUCCUGCGUCAACUCCUACGUCACCUCCUACCUCACCUCCUACCUCACCUUCUCUGUCACCUCCUGCCUCACCUCCAACCUCGCCUCCUUCCUCCUCUCCCCGACCUCCGACCCCUGAUCUGAAGGCUGAUUCUGGUCGACAUCCCGAGGGCGGCUUGGGCCCGCCCCCCCCCGGCUCCGGGCUGUCCUACCCAGCGAUGAGGACCCAGAGUGUGGAGGUGUUCUCCUCAGCGCUCUGCCUGGCCACUCUAUGCGGGACCUACUUCCUGGAGGUGCUCCCUCAGAUAAUGGAGCCCACGGAGAAGCGCUUCCCGCUGGUGUCCACGGUGGUGGGGGUGCUCAGUGUCCUCCACAACGCCCUGGUGCUGGGCUUGACCUGGGCCCGUCUGCCGGGGGGCGGACCGGACCAUGGAGCCAUCGGACGGGCGGAGACAGGAGGAGGAGAGCCAGGGCGUGGCGGGGCCGAGGCCGGCCGAGCCGCCUCCUACUGGGCAGACGCACUCGUCUUCUCCAACCCUGACGCCCUCGCUGCCCUGGAGCCCGAGGCCAGGGAGCCCCGUCAGGACCCGGGGACACUGGUCCCCAGAGGACCCCCCGGACCAGCCUCUGAGGUCCGAGUCCCGAGCAUCCGGUCUGACGGGUACCCUGACGGGGUGGGAUAUGGGCGCCGGGGGCUGGCCCGUCUCCGGGCGGCGGCGGCGGCGUUCCCGGCGCUGUUCCCCGCGGUCCUAGCGGUGGUCCAAGGGCUGCUUCUGAUGCUGGCCGCCCCGCAGUGCGUUCCCGCGUCUCUGAGCUGCACCUCCCUGGUCCAUCUGGAUGUGGCCUUCUCCAUGAUGGCCAUCGCCGUGCUGCUGGUCAGCGCCGGGCCGCAGGUGUACCGAUACGGCCUGCUGCUGCUGCAGGCCAGUCCGGCCAGCGUGUCCAUGGCAGAUCUCAAGGGGGAGAUCUCCCGUGUCCCGGGAGUCCAGUCUCUGCACGACUUCCAUGUUUGGCAGCUGACAGAAACGCGAAGCGUGGCGUCCGUGCACGUACGGUGCCAAGAUGGCUUCCAGAAACACCGGUGUGGUGAUCUGAUAGCAGCCGUCACCAAGGUGUUUCAGGGCUUCGGGAUCAGCUGCUGCACCAUCCAGCCAGAGUUCCCCCCCCCUCCGGCCCUGGGCCCGGCCCCUGCCGACAGGACCCCCAGCAGCGCUCCCCCGGGGCCCCCUAGCAGGGCCUGUGGGCUGGCCUGUGGGGCGGCAUGUCAGGAGAAGAUGUGCUGCUCGCCAAGAGAAGAACUGUGACAGCGCCCCCACUGGAGGAGGAGCUCAUCGAGAACGACUCUCUAGUGGAACAGUGAUUACACAUAGCAUUAAACGUAUUAACUUGAGAAUAGGGUCGUAGGUAUGCUAUAGCAGAGAAGGUUAGGGUUAGCUAACCCUAAUCCUAACCCUUAUCAUAUUAACUGAAGAAUAGGGUCGUAGGUAUGCUAUAGCAGAGAAGGUUAGGGUUAGCUAACCCUAAUCCUAGCAUUAAGCAUAUUAACUGAAGAAUAGGGUCGUAGGUAUGCUAUAGCAGAGAAGGUUAGGGUUAGCUAACCCUAAUCCUAGCAUUAAGCAUAUUAACUGAAGAAUAGGGUCGUAGGUAUGCUAUAGCAGAGAAGGUUAGGGUUAGCUAACCCUAAUCCUAACCCUUAACAUAUUAACUGAAGAAUAGGGUCGUAGGUUUGCUAUAGCAGAGAAUGUUUCUCAUCCCUGAGCCUCAGGGUAAGGCUUUAGAUGCCCCCAGACAGGACUCAAACCAACAACCUCUGCCUGAGGGCCCACUGCCUGUCCUAUUACACCACUGGGGGAUUUACUGGUGCAGGCUUAGGGUCAUGAUGGGGCUAGGAUGUGUUUGGGCUUUAAUAAAGUAGGCUUAUUUUAUGUAUAGUUUAGAGAUUCUAUUUGUUUGCAUUUAUAUAUUCAAUGAAAUAAAAUGAAUUGUCUCUCA